AUGCAUCGAUAUCGGGAAAUAAUAGUGUGAACUCAGCAUCAUGAAUUUUUAUUGACGUUAUAUGGUGGAUAGUAGUUAUCUUAUCUGUGAUUCAAGGUUUACCAAGGUUUAAGGUUUAACUAUUCCACAGGAUCGUUGGCAUCUACCUACCUCUAGUGAUCAUCUGCUCAAACCUCUCUCUCCGAGAUCGCCAUGUCUGUACCGCCACAGACAAUUUGCGUCAAGCGCAAAGCGACAGAGGAAGCCCCAGUCUCUUUUCUCCGUGUCCAAGAGAACAAGAGACACCGGAGCGAAGCCUUUGUUUAUCAGAGACGACAAGAACGAGCUAAUCCUGCCGAGAACAUUCUAUCCGAAUCUCACAAACCUAUCAUUCACACUUCUCAUCCGCACUCGAAGACCCCAACAUUCCAGAGCCCCAAGACAUCAGACAUUACAGUCAAUGAUGCCUCUAGCGAAAAUGACACCGCCGCCAGCGACUCUGCCAAUACCUCCUUCGUCAAGCCCCCGAGCCCCCUUGAUGCCGCUUCUGAGCCUCGAAGAUUUCACAUGUCCAGAAAAGACAUAAUGCUCGCGACUGCUUCUCAGUCUAACCGAUCCAGUGGUGGGAUUUCAAAGAAACGCUCCGCACCUACGCUGUUCGUGGAACGGAAGAUUAAACGAAUAUCAUCCAGACCUCUUGAAAAGUUUCAGGCUAUUACCAAUGCUGCCGGUCGAGUACCUGAAGGCGCGCCUGUCGCAACUGUCGCGACGGAGGGCAUGGAGAUUGACAAGCCGGAGCCUCGCAAGCUCAAGAAACCGGGUGUAGCAAAGCUUUCAAAGAAGCAAGAUGGGGAAAAGUACAAGGCUGACCUCCCGAAAUCCAUGACCGAACGAUGGAACGUAGAUAUGGACAAAUUAACGGCUGAGCUGGAUGCAUACACGAUGGAACAAAUUGGACUCAAUCUCCAGAAGGCUGAAGAGGAAAAACGACAACAACAAUCAUCCGCUAAGAGCCAACCCAGAUUCAAGCCGAAACCGAUCAAACGAUAUGCAGAACGACACCCUGAAGAAACGCAAGCACCGUCAGAUAAGGGGAAGAUGGAUACGGAUGUCGAUAUCAGCGACAGUGAUGAUAGUGACUACAUCAUCGAAACUUACGAACGUGUGCCGGCAAGUAAGAUGGGAGAGCACGUGCCUCCUCAUAGCAUUGGAGUUCUCGUAUUUGAUGAAGAACCUGAUAUGGAGUAUUUCUACGGGGAAGAUAGUAACAGUGAAGACGAGUGGGCCGAGGAUGAUGAGGACGAAAACGCCGAGAAUUAUUAUGCUGCAGACUACCCCGAUGAGGAAGUUGCCUCGGAUGAUGAAUUCGAUAAGAACCCAUACUCUUUCCGAACUGGCAAUGCUUCAGAUCUCGAGGAGUACGACCUAGAUAAGGAUGAUGGCGAUAUGGCCAUUGCCGAUGAAGAGGGGAGCAGAUUCGCUACGUACAUCGGCCGAUCCCGAGAUAGGUUUAUGACAAGCGGACUAUAAAGAUAUCAUUACGAAAUACCGGUACCAACAGUACCGCGCGGCUAGCCUACGGAAGCAUAUUAUUAUAGCUUGGUGCCAACACAUGAGACUUGGCUGAUUUCUAUCCAACGGGCUUUACCUGCAGCACAGUCCGGCGUUCUGGCAUAGUAU